ACCUCCUGCGAGCGAGAGGCUAGACAGCUAGCAUAGCUAACAACAGAUACGAAACAAACAAGCGCGAAAAGUAUGCUUCUUUAAUUCUGCUGUUUUGUGCAGCAGCGCAAAUGCAUCCGGCGAUAUUCAUAUGAUUAUAUGCGUACAAGAGAACACCACAAUUAUGUUUUUGUACGACUUACAGUCAUGUUAUCAAGCUAGCUAGUUAACCAAGAAAUCAAUAACUAGCUAGCUGACAAGGCAGCUAGCAAAAUAAACGGUCGUUUUGCCAAAAUGAACUUGCCGAGCUAAUUAGAUGAAUGGGUUGGUUAUUAUGCGUGUAAUGUAUUAAUGAAUUACUCUUGUAGUAAUCUAUCGGUUUUGAUGACUCCCCCCCCAUUAAUUGCUGCUAUAAUGCAAUAGCAGAUCUUAAUGUGUGUGUGUUGUUUUUUUUUUUUUUUUUAAAUUUGCAUUCACUUAAAUAUUAAAUCAGCAACCUCGAAGCUAACUUUAAAUUGACCACCUUGUGACUGAGAAGCUCUUUAAGAUGGAUAAGAAAUCGUUUGACAUCGUUUUGGAUGAAAUAAGAAAGUGUGUUUUGACAGAUCAGCGGAUUAAAGCAAUCGAGCAGGUUCAUGGAUAUUUCUCCAGUGAACAGGUGAUCGACAUUCUGAAAUACUUCUCCUGGGCAGAGCCUCAGGUGAAGGCAGUGAAAGCGUUUCAACAUAAAAUGGUGGCCAUCCCUACAACCAAGGUUGCAAACAUCUUGAACACUUUCACAUUCUCGAAAGACAAGCUCGUAGUGCUGGAGCUUAUAGCUCUGAAUAUAUCUGAUGCCCAUAAUUACGUACCAGUGGAGGAACAGUUCCGCACUCACGUGGCAGAGAAGAAACGUGCACGACGUAUUCUCGAGCAGGUGUGUAAGGUUGGAUGUAAAGCCCCGGUAGCAAUGGUUUCCUCCUGUGGAAUGAUCCCUGGGAACCCUUAUCCUAAAGGCAAACCCAGCCAGGUCACUGGAAGCUUUCCUGUGAGUGCUACUAUCAAGGGAUUGCCUCCUAGAAAGGAAGGAGAGGAGGUGAGUACAGAAGGAAAAGGGAUCGCAAACCGCAUCAUUGGACCCAGCAAACCAUCUCCAUCGUCCUACAAUCCGCACAGGCCUAUACCUUACCCGAUUCCUCCCUGCAGGCCGCACGCCACCAUUGCACCAAGUGCGUACAACAACGCAGGCCUGAUGUCAGUGGGUGGGGUCAUUACAGCAAAUGUGCCCCCUCCACCCUACACUGCCACUCCAAAGUCAGCAGCUUAUGCUCGACCUGCCAGUCUACAGAAUACUGCCUCCGGUCUCUGUGCUGCCUCAACUGUCUCACCUACCAGUUCGGCUCCUCCUACCCCCGUCAGCUCACAGCCUCAACCCACCACUCCAGUUACCCCCGUUUUCCCUGGUGUGGUCUCUUCUCAGAGUCCUGUUACCCCAUCUUUCUCAGUUAUCAAAAGCCCUCCUUUGCCUGCUGGCUCUCCUCAGGUUACACCAAACCCCACUGAUCAUAGCACUCCCUCUGGCCUACCACCUUCUGGCAGGAACACUCCCUCAGUUAUCCGAUCUCACACCCCUUCCGGCACACCCGGUAUACCCCCGCCACCUUAUGGGACGUCCCGCUCGGGAACACCUUCAGGCAUUCUCACUCCCAAGGGGGCAGCAGAUCCUUCUCAGAGUUUAGCACUUUCCUCCUCCAAGGGCUUUCUGCCUUCUGUUGAGCCCCAGUCAACUCCUAAUAAUCCAAAAUGCUCCAACAAUUCGGUCAUUCGCAGUUACACAACCGGAGGAGCACCACCUGGACGUUCCACUCCUAUACAGGUAAUGGGUACACCCAGUCCGAAACCAUCCUCUGGCACAUCCCAGACUAGCACAGCUAACCCUGCCUUGUAUAGCGACCAAACCUUAAGCUCAGCGGUCCAGCACGGUGGAGGGAGUGGCAGUAACAGUCCAGUCCCCUCUGCCUUCAAAGGGCCAUCAUCCAGGUCGGGCACACCCUCACUCAGCUCACUAAUGAUGCCCAACACUGCUGCCCUGGCUCGCUCACUGGGUCUGAGCCACAGUGCAGCCUCUCCUCUGGGCAGUCUAGCCUCCCAGUCUGGAGGCAGUCCUGCAACGCCAUUCCAAGGCAUCUCUCCCUUUCCUACACUGUCCACAGCAUCACCUCUAACUGGAGCUCAAUCAUCCAUGCACUCUUCAGUUUCUUCUGCUCCACCAACGCCUUCCAUUGCAUACUGUGACCCCACUGGGGCCUCCUCUCCUUCCCCCUUUGGCCUUGGACUCACCACAUCCCCCUCCAUGAUCCCAGGCUUGGCCCCAGGGCAGAGCCAUGCCUUCCCUGGGUUUGGGGGUUCUGGUCCUCCAGCAGCAGGCAGUCCUGUGCUUUCUUCUUUUAUGGGGCUCCCAUGUGCCUCUUCCUCAGUGGCCACAGUGGCUCCUCUCCAAGCAGCUGCAGUGGCAGCAGCAGCAGGUGUCCCCUCCACCUCACCUGUGCUUCCUGGCUUUGCCUCUGCAUUUAGCUCUAACUUCAACCCCACAUUGGUGGGCCAACCAGGUGGUGCUCUUCAGGCCCCAGGAGGGGCUGCCUUCCCUGGAUUGUUGUCAUUUCCUGCAGGAGUUCCUGGUUUUUCCUCCGCUGCGUCUCCUGCAGCUCUCUCAGGCCUCCAUAACCCGGCUGUACAGUCGGCUUUGCUGCAGGCUCAUUCUGCAUCAGCGUUGGAAAGCUUUCCUCCUCAACCUAAUGGUUUUGGCAGCUAUCCUGCAGGGACUCCAUUCCCCCCUCCAGCUGCAGGAACCCCCUUUCCCCUUCAGCCCGGUCUGCACCCGCAGCUGGGGUGGCAAUAAUCGGUUAUAUUCACAGUAAUAUCAUGGAUACUUCAAAAAGCAGCAUUGCAUGCAAUAACAAACGUAACUUAAAAUUAUUACCCUAGUAUUAAAAAAAAUAAUUUUUGUGAUAAGCAGUGUAAUACCAGGUGAAAAGUGCCAACCAGUACCAAGUUCAAGAACAAGGAUAACAAAAAGCUUGCGGUUACCCUCAAAGGAAAACUCAACCCUGAAACAUAUUACAAAUGUAAUGUCCCUGAGUGCAAUGCAGCUAUAAGACAGUUGUGUUGAGUUACUGAAGAUACAUGGUUCAGCUAGUAGGUGACCCACAAGACAAGCAUGAUAGUGUUGAUAGCGGUAUUAGCAUGAAAGUUGAAACAUUGGGAGCUGAUCUGUUUAAUAAGAGUGUACAGAUAAGGAGGUGAGGGCUGGAUAGACUUACAUGAUUAAAACGGUCUUUAGGAAAAGAUGAAGCAAGGGCUAAUUCCCACUGGCAAUGGCAUACCGGGUAAUCUAGAAAAUUGACCAACAUGCUGACAGAAAAUUAAUUAUUUAACAAAGUUAAUUCAGCAUUUCAUUAUAGAUAAUUCUUGGAUGCCAUUGAAGAUCAUGUUGGUCAUCUAAGAUUAACAUACAAGUCAUUCAAGUUGGUUUAUUCCUUUAACAAGGACACAAUGUUUUAAACAAAGAUUUAAAUAAAAGUGCAGUUUUCAUGAUAUGGAAUCUAAAUACUGUUACGAGCUCUGAGAAAAGGAAGCACUCAGAGUGAGAAUACCUCAUUGUGCUGAGUGAGUGGGUGGAAGGGUGCAAGGGUGCAUGAAAUACAGAGUCUGACACAAGGAGCUUUCUCAGAAUUAAUGUGGUCUUUAGUGAGUCAGUGAGAGUGUAGAGGGUGGUUUUUGAAAAGAAAAACAACCAAUAUUCAGAGCUACCAGAGAGUGAAAGGGAGUAAACAAAUUGAAAUGCCUUUGUUGAUCUUCAGCUCUCUUAGAUAUGUGCAUUCCUGUUGAAGUCUGAAAGCUAAACAAAGCAAUGAUAUAAUGAUUUGAACAGAUAUCAGGACUGUAUGGAAUUAAUACUACAGUAUUGUGUGGUGUUAAUUUUUUUGCGUGUUUGUGUGGGUUUUUAAAAAGAUAUAAUUAUAUUCAGAAGUAGGACUACCGAACUAUGAGGAAAAUUGGUGGGUGCACAGCAUAGAUAAACUGUGAAGAGGAUUAUCUUUAUAGUUUCCUCACAUUUACCUAAAAUUCUGCGCUGUACACUGUAUGUGUAAAUACCCUUGAGAAACAGAAGCAGCUGUUAAAUGUGUGAUGUGUGAAAUGUGUUGGGGUUAUGAUUUUUUAUUUUAAACUUAUUUUUCUUUUCUUUUAAUACAUGUGUCUGUAUAGAAUGAAUUGGGUAAAUAAGAUUCCCGGGACUAGGCAUGGAUUUACACAUGUUUGUAGAUGAAGUUGAUGACUAUCAAAUACUGUACUAGACAGAACAGUAGGUGUAGGCUGCUUUAUUUCAUAUGAAAUAAAUAAUUUUUUUCUACA